AUGGGAGAAGUUCUUAACGUCCUCGUCGCCGUCGCCGUCAUCGUCGUCAUCGUCCGCUGGGCAACCUCGAGCAAAGAUGCGCCAGCAGGCCAGUCACCUGCGUCGGUCUUGGGGUUUCAGCCAAAGACUGUAACUCCAGAUAUGGUUGACACCGUUCACAACAUGUUCCCAGAUAUUCCCAGUGACAACAUCCGCUACGAUCUGUUGCGCACAGGGAGCGUGCAACGGACGUCAAAUACCAUUAUCGAAAAAGGGUUCCUACCAGCACCUCCACAACCAUACUAUACGCUCUACCCCCGUGCACUUGACCCCGUGCCACGUGCUGACGUCCAAGCCAACCCUGCGGGCGCCUCGCAAGUGAAGGCGAAGGGUGAGAGUCUCAUCUCACGUUACAACCUCCAGGAGCGUGUCGCGCUAGCUACUGGUUCAUCGCUGUCUGCACCUGAAGAGGCAGGAGGAAAGUCUGUAUGGGAGGAUAGCCCAGAGAAGAGAGAGGCCAGCCUGAGGGAGCGUAAAGCUCAGAUGAUUCUGGCCGCGAGGGAGCGACUGUUGGCACAGCAGGCUGCACAGGCCGCUAAAUCAUGA